AUGUUUUUUUGUCCCUAUUGCGGAAACACCUUGUUAAUAGAGAAGGCAACGGGACGUUCAACAAGUACUGACUCCGUCUAUCGUUGGGUGUGCAAGACUUGCCCCUAUGUUUGCAAUAUUAAAAGUGAAAUGCAUUUCGACAUGAAAUUAGAAAAGAAGGAGGUGGACGACAAGGAUAAUCUUGCUAAUGAUUAUGAUGAUGAAGAACAUGCUACUCUAGGAGCUCGAAAUAUUUGA